GACGUGAGGAACGUCAGGGAGAAAAGACUAAAACUGGGAGAGGGGGCGUGGCCGGCAGCCCAAACCCGUGGGCGUGGCCGCUUAGGCGCUUGCGCACAAGCUCGGGGGAGGCGGGGGGUCACUGAGGCUGCUAGUGCUUUGCUGUUGCUGCUUCUCUCGCGCAAAACUGGUGUUGUUUUUGUCGUUAUCAUCACCUGCCGCCGCCGCCGCCUCUUCAGACAGAAGAGCUUCGCGGUCGCUGCCGCCGCCGCCAUGUCCUCUCCUCAGGACUCGCCUCACCACCACAACAAUAACAACAACCCGCCACCUGAGGGAACGCCAGCUGAGCCAGGCCUGAAUAGCUCUUGGGUAGAGCUGCAGAUGAAUGGCAACAGCAACGACAAUGGCAAUGCGAAAAAUGGGGGUCUGGAGCAUGUUCCUUCUUCAUCUUCCAUUCACAAUGGAGACAUGGAGAAGAUACUUCUAGAUGCUCAACAUGAGUCUGGACAGAGCAGUUCAAGAGGUAGUUCUCACUGUGACAGCCCUUCUCCUCAAGAAGAUGGACAGAUAAUGUUUGAUGUGGAGAUGCACACAAGUAAAGACAAUAGUUCUCAGUCUGAAGAGGAAGCCUUAGAUGGAGAGAAGGAGGUGGAAGUUUUGAAGAAAAGUGCUGACUGGGUAUCGGACUGGUCAAGUAGGCCUGAAAACAUUCCUCCUAAGGAGUUUCACUUCAGACAUCCUAAAAGAGCAGUAUCUUUAAGUAUGAGGAAGAGUGGAGCCAUGAAGAAAGGUGGCAUUUUCUCGGCUGAAUUUCUAAAGGUUUUCAUUCCAUCUUUGUUCAUAUCUCAUGUUUUGGCUUUGGGACUAGGUAUCUACAUUGGAAAACGACUAACCACACCUUCAGCUAGCACUUAUUGAAAGAAGUGGUGCACAAACCCUGGAAAUCCUUGUAAUCUGUGAAGAUGUUAAUGUCACACUAGUACAUCUUGAACUUGAGACAAUUCUAAGCAUGACCCCUUCCCAGCCUCCAUAUCGUUACAUAUCCAGGUUCCAGUAACUCUUGGAAUUCAGUAUUGUAUUGGAACUCUGUGGAGGUAUCUCACUAGUCUCCUCCAAUUCCUUAGCCUUCCUCUACAUCCUGCAAGACACAUCAGAGUUGCCUAACAGAGUUUACAAUGACCUAUACGUUGCAAGGGCUUCUUUCAGUGCAAAUGCCACCAGCAAAUUAUAAUUUUAUCAUUGAUGUUGUUGCCUCCUCUUUACUACAGCAAGAAAUAAUUUGCACAGUGCAUGAUUGAACUGUUGAGUAUAAUAACUUCCAGUCUUUAAAAAGAAACUGAGAAUUAACUGAAGUUGGUUGUAAAACAAACUUAAAAUCAUUGGCAGUUUUAUUUUUAAGUGUAGCUUAUUUUACAAUUUUCUUGACUAAUGUUUUUAGCUUUCAGGAGGCAAAAACUGCACAAAAAUCAAAGCAGGAUAAAAAUUGAUUCAUCAGCAACUUUUAAUACUGAAUAACUGUCAUUAUCUUGUCUUUUCUAUGAAGUAGUGAGUUUAUUUCUAGUAGGAAAAAACUGUCCACCAUCUAGAAAUUAUUUUUUAAAAGAACUGCAUUAUUUGCAUGUGAAGAAGCUUUUAGUAUUCCUUAGCAUUUUAUUUAAUGAAAGUUUCCCUUUUAAAAGUAGUUUAACUUGCAGUAUUUUUGAAGUAUUUAGACUCCAUGUAAAAGGAGAUUUUACUUGUUAUGGGACCACUUUCAAUUUACAAAGAGAUGGUUGUUUCAGCAGCUACUUUUGAGACAUCCUACCGGGAAACAGUCUUGCAGUUGUGUAAAACACAAUUUAUGAAGCUCUGACCUGUCUUCUGUGGUUGACUUUCAAUACUCCCAUUUCCCAUGGUUUAUUGUCCCUUGGCAGUACCUGAAAUCCUCAGGUCAUUAGUGAUAUCUUGUGUAGCUAAGUAGGAAUCUUGCUAAUGGGAACACUCAGCCUUGUCCUCCUUCAGAUACACUUUUUUUCCAAAAUGUGAAGCUUAGUUCCAAAUUGUUUCAAAAUGUGUGGGCAAACAGAUGUCCAUAAGUAGAUUUGUAUUGGAUUUUGGAACAUGUAGCAUGAUUCUGAAGGAUACAAUACUAUGUUUUAUAUCAAUAUAUAUAUAAAUGAUAGACUUUAAUACUGCAUAUUUAGGAAGCCAUUAUUAAUUUUAAAACUAGUAAAAUUCCAUUGAAAUAGAAUGUAUUAGACUGACAGCAAAACACAUACAUAAAAUACACGUUGGUGAACCUGUGGAAGCAGGUACUCUGUUUUUUUCUUUGCAACAGACCUCAGAGUUGGCUGUGCAAGCCUGGUGGCUAAUGCCGGUGAAAAUAGGUGAGCUUCAUGAAGCAGAGUGAAUAAACAUGAAAUCCAUUCCUAAAGUGUUUGAUAUUUGUUUCAGUCUUUGUUUCUGUAACACUUAAAGGCUUAAUUUUUUGUGUGAUUCUGUGAUAACAUCAGCCUCCCCCUUCAGCUUUGAAUUAUACCACUUGUAUUACUUGCAACUAUAUAUUUAUUUCCUGUGUGGAUAUUGGGAUAUUUUGAAGUGAUUAAAAUAUAAUAAUGAGUUUAAAACAAGUAACAUCCACCCAUGACAAACCUGGGUAGGGUUAAAAGUCUGACAAUACUUUCAACACCGAUUAUUGUACCCUACUUUGUAACACAAUUACAAUAUGGCAUAAUGAAUAUGAAAUUGGGACCAUGUUUGUUUUAAAACAAAAAUAAAGCUUCACUCCUUUCUAAAUUACAUGAUAAUCGAUCUGCAGAAUGCUGUGUGAUAAAUUAGUGUAGCUACAUCUUGGGACUAAACACCUUCCCUAAUAUUUCUCAAGCAGCUGUAAGAUGGAAAUUGCUGGUGGAAAAAUACAGUUGGCAUUUGAAUACCUGAUUGCUGUUGGACUUGUCAUGUAAUGAUACGAAGCAGUAUUUUUAUUGAUAACCAACUAUAAGCUUGAAAGGCCGUGACUUUUUGUUCUCCUAUGAAAUGGACCAGAUUGUUAUAAUUUGAAAAGAGGUAUCAUCUAUAAAGCUUUGUUAAUUUAAACAUUGUUAAAUAGCUUUACCUGUUUACAGUUGGGGGGGGAUGCAGGCCUUGUUUUAGAAGUGAUAAUUAAAAAACAGGAUUUGAAAUAUUUAUACAUAGGAUCAAGCAGAAAUGCAUAAACUCGCACAUUAAAGAAAAGGCAGCAGGCUGAACUGCAACACUAAUAAAACAAUACAUCUAUUUACUGUUUUUUAAAAGUGAAAACUGAAAAACUCUGGACUUUUGUUUUGUUUUUUUAAAAAAAGAGACACAUUGCUGAAAUUAUUGGAGUUAACUGAGCCAAAGUGAUUACGCACUCGUAAUAUUUAGUUAGUUAGCACUUUGUAACAUUAUUAUAAUACAGUUUACAGUACUUGUAUGAGUUGUAGCUAUAAGAAUUUUGUGCCAUUAAAGCUGUCAGAAAA